UCGGAAACAACGUUUGUUUGUGCCGUUUACAACCGUCUGCGACCAUAACAGAACCGGGGCCUUGACGAUGGCCGAUUACGAAUCUGACAGUGACGAAGGGGAAUCUGGACUGGGCAAUGUGACCAGGAUGAUCAUGCGACCUCCCGGUCACAGUGGCAAAGCAAAAAAAGGUCAUUUGUGUUUUGACGCUUCAUUCGAAACUGGUAAUUUAGGAAGAAUCGAUCUGGUGUCCGAAUUCGAGUACGACUUGUUCAUAAGACCGGAUACUUGCAAUCCGCGACAUCGGUUAUGGUUCAACUUUGUAGUGGAAAACACCAGGCAAGACCAAAACGUCAUCUUCAACAUAGUAAACAUCAGCAACAACAAUAAUCUGUAUCAGUUUGGGAUGACACCCUUGGUGAGAAGUUCCAGCAGGCCCAAGUGGUCUCGUAUACCUCUGAACAGGACUCACUAUCAUCGGUCGCCGUACCACCACAACAACUACGUGCUGAGCAUAUUAUUUUCGUUUGACAAGGACGACGAUAGCUAUCAGUUUUCGUACACGUAUCCGUAUUCGUAUUCGCGGCUUCAGAACUAUUUGUCUUUGGUGGAGAAAAAGAAACUGUCGUUUUUCAAACGAGAACUCCUGGGAAAAUCCAUACAAAACAGAAGGCUGGAUCUGAUCACGAUUACGAAUCCAAAAAACAUGAAUACCACGGAGAAAACGCACGUGGUCGUGAUAAUGGGAAGAGUGCACGGAGCCGACACUUCGAGCUCUUACGUUUGCCAAGGUAUCGUAGAAUUUUUGAUCAGCAACCAUCCGACUGUGGUGCGCCUUAGGAAAAAAAUCGUAUUCCAAAUAAUUCCCAUGAUAAAUCCGGAUGGAGUGACUCUCGGCAAUUCCAGGACCAAUCUGUUGGGAAUUGAUUUGAAUAGAGCUUGGCACAAAAUAUCACAAUGGGUUCAUCCGACGUUACACGCUGUUCACAACCAUUUGAUGGAAAUCAACGGCAACGAGAAAAUAGAACUGGACUUGGUAAUCGAUGUGCACGCCCACUCAUCUCUACACGGCGUUUUUACCUAUGGAAAUACAUAUGACGACGUAUACAGAUACGAAAAACAUAUAUUGUUUCCCAAACUGUUGGCACAGCACAUGAAAACGGGACACGAAUCUUCAUACACAAUGUGCAACAGGGAUUCAAGGAAAUGCGGUACUUCGCGCAGGCUUUUGUGUCAAUCCCUCAAAGACAAAGUGAACUGCUACUCUCUGUUCGUGUCCCAUUACGGAUACAGAGUUUCGCCAAAAACCAUGAUCGCGUUCAACGAAGAAUCGUUCUACACUAUAGGCCGAUGUGUGGUGCUCACUUGUUCGGAUUACUUCAAGUCCACCGGCGUGCUGGCCCAGCAGCCAAAGGGUUCAAGCCAAAAUUCCAAAAAGAGGGACAAGAAACGCAAACGGACUUAUCGCAACCGGCACUUGGGCAACGACGAGCACGCGCACUUGUUCAAGAAGAAAGCCAAGAAAAACGCGUUGACACUCAAGACAAUCGACAUCAAGGACUCGUUCAAACACGUGUUUUCCAACAUGGAUCUUAAGAGCAAACACGACCGUCAUCAUUUCCUGGCGAGACCAUUGGAUCAGUCUAAACCGAACAAAUCGACUACCGGCCAAAACCCAUGGCGAAGUUGUACCGACAACGGCAGUUCUCACUUGUUUUCAAUCAUAAACGUCAACGACAUUAUUAGAGAAACGGGUGCGCUCAACACUGGGCCUUUUACGAAUAUCCGUGGCCAAAAGUAG